CUCUGGACCCGCGAACAAGAGCCUCCACCCAUGGCCAAGCUCGGAGAGGGCGACGACCGGUGGAUCGUCAAGGAGCGGGAGGACGGCCGCAAUGUGAACAACUGGCACUGGUCGGAGACGAGCUACACGGAGUGGGCACGCGAGAAGCUCGGCGCACGCUUCGAGGGCGUCGCCAUCGGCGACGGCACGCGCAGCGCCGGCAAGCUCCUCUCUCUCGAGACGAUGAAGGGAGAUGUGACUGUGCAGUCGCGCAAGCAGAAGCGCUUCCCUCUGUACGAGCUCGAGCUCACCAUCCGAUGGGAAGGCCAGCUCUUUGAUGCGAGCGGAGGGACGGCCGUGGAGGCAAAGGGGCGGAUCAAGGUGCCCGACCUGUCCGAGGAGACGUACGACGACCUCGAGAUGACGGUCCUCUGCGACGAAGAGACCGACGCAAAGAGGCCGCUCAAGGAGCUGGUCCGCAAGGAGGGCGGCAAGGCGGUGCGCGCUGCCUGCCUCGCCUUUGUCAAGGAGCUCAAGGAGACGGUGAUGAAGGGGCACGAGCCGCCGCCGCAAAAGGCGCCGCCGCGCGAGCGCUUCAACGCGGGGUACGUGGCGGCGUCGGCAGAGACGGCAAAGACUGGGGCCGUCAAGGUGGUGUACAGCUACAACCCGCCGCCGCACGUGCUGUAUGAGACGCUGCUCGACACGCAGCGCAUCCGAGGCAUCACGGCCUCCGACGCGAGCAUGUCGACUGAGGUCGGCGGCAAGCUGAUGAUGUUUUCGGGCGCUGUUGAGGGCGAGAACGCGGAGCUCAAACCUUUUGACGGCGAGCGGGCGGUGAUCAAGUGGAAGUGGCGCUUCUCGACGUGGCAGCCGAGCCACUGGUCGACGGUGCUCAUCACGAUGGUCAAGCAGGACGACGGCUCGACCAAGCUCACCCUCGAGCAGACAGGCGUGCCGGAGGACGAGCGCGAGCGCACCGAGCGCGGGUGGAAGGGGAUGCUGUUCGAGCCGAUGAAUGCGAUGCUGGGCGGGCGCGUCAUCGGCGCGUGACGACAUCGCUGGCGCCGCCCUGUUUCUUGAUACGCGCCUAUGCGCGCCGCGCGCCGGGGUCCAGACCGGUGUGGGGUGCUCUACCUCACUCACUUUAGAACUAGCUCCGAGCAACACACACAGUCACAGAGCGAAACUCUCUCUUGUACCGUGCUUGCGAGCACACCGACAUAGCACAUCAUAGUAACACACUAUAGUAAACGCUGAGAGUCAGUUCAGUUAUGAAAAUAGAUAUACUCGAGAUCUGUCAGAUGGACAGCACUUAUCUGUCCACACACUCACGUGCGCGGCAAUGUCGAAUGUCGCGGGGUCUCUCUCUCCUGUCGUCUCCCCUCAUCAGGGUCAUCUCUCCAGGUACGUAGCAGCAAGCAGGUUGGCUGCGCAGGUUGGCUGGGAGGAUCGGUUUCGCUUCUCUCUGUAAUACAUGCUUUAUCCC